GACUAAAGAUCAACUUGCAUGGUGGAAAUCCAAUUCUUCAAAUUUGAUCCCAAACUCUACAAACACAGAGAACGUAUUCAUGGCAGCAAGAUGGGAAGAUGAUUUGCAAGGAUAUGACGUGCAUCGUUUUCAAGAAGAAGUCAGAGAAGAUCUGCUUUGUUCCAUUUGUCAGGAAGUCCCAAAGGAUCCCAGACUUUGCCAACACAAAGAUCAUAUAUUUUGUUUUACUCAUAUAUCACGACAUCUAGUUCAAAACUCUCAAACAUGUCCAGUUUGCAGAGAUCCUCUGAAUCAAGAAACCUUGAGACGACCAACAGGAUUCCUGAAGAAUUAUUUGGACGACCUCAAAAUCAAGUGUGAUCAUCAUGAUCGGGGAUGUCCUGACUAUGUCCGUCUGGAAAAUCUUCCAACACAUGUCAAGGAAUGUGGAUAUGCACCUGUUAUGUGUCGUAAUGAAGGAUGUGGGACAGAGGUCAAUAGAAGAAAUAUUGAAUCUCACGAGAAAUAUCUUUGCCAGUUUAGAAUCGCCAAAUGUCACGAGUGUGAAUAUAUCAAGGAAAGUGUGAAUGAAAUUAAGGCAAGUCAGGAUGAAACGAACGUUCGAAUGACUGCGUUGGAAAAAAAACAGGAAGAAAUGAAAGAUGAUGUAGAAGAAAUUAAGGAAAGCCAGAAUGAAAUGAAGCAAAGUAUGGACGAGAUAAGAAAACAAUUUGAGAAAAUCAUGACAACCACGAUGAUAAUGAUGAAUCAAGCAUUUCAAAGAAAUGAUACAAACAAGAAUGGUGCCAGUACUAUGGUUCGCCCAGGUCCAGUCAACUUUCAAGACGUUGUUAUUAUUGGCGGCCGGUAUGGCCCAGGAAAUGACGAGGUGUUAAAUACGGUAGAGAAAUACAAUAUAGUGGAAGGAAAGUCAACUCUGCUACCACGAUUGAAUCAUCCUCGAGCAGCAUCAGCAUCGUGUGUUGUAAACAAUGACCUGCUUGUCGUCGGUGGUUACGAUAGUAAAACAGAAACUGACCAGAUCGAGAUUUUGAACAUGAAACAACAUCCAUUGCAAUGGACAAUGUUUGAUGGUAAACUGCCUGUCAAAUUAUCUCAUCACGACGUCAUAGUUUACCAGGGAAAAUUAUAUAUAAUAGGAGGAUAUGACGGGAAUGGAGAAAUAUCGAAUGCUAUUUAUGAGAUUACUCUCAGCCCACCUUUUACAGCCAAGCUGCUGACGAGAAUGGCUAAGCCAAGAAGAUAUCACAGAGCAGAGGUUAUUAAUGGAAAACUGUUUAUCUUAGGCGCAAAGACAACCGGUCUUAGUAAAGAUGUCAUUGACAGCGUCAUUGUUUAUGAUUUAGUUGCGAAUGAGUUCAAGCCAUGCCCAUCGUUACCUCAACCUGUGUGUAAUAUGUCCACAGUAACUUGGGGAAAUAUGAUUAUUAUUCUUGGGGGUGCGGAUAGGAAUGGUGACGCGCUAAAUGACGUCAUCAUGUAUGACACAGAAACUGGCCGAAGUGAGAGACUGCCAUCUAUGAUUUACAAAAGGAGCGGCAGCUCUGCUGUGAUUAUUAAUGACGUCAUUUUCGUGUUCGGAGGAUGGAAUGAGGAGCAGCAAUUUCUCAACUCAGUGGAAUCUUUCACUAUUGGCGAUAAUGGCUGGAAAGAAUUGCCAGGAAUGAAAGAUAAAAGGAGAUCUGCCUGUGCCAUAGUUAUACCGCUGUAGGUAUAAAGCACUACAGCAAAAAAUCAAAAUUCGGUAUGAUACACGGAAUUCAUAAUGAACGCUUUAAGAUAUGUUUUUCAGUUCUUUAAGAACUGCCUGGAAUAUGCGUUGCAUCAAAAUUGCUCGCAAAAACGAAUGCGAUUUAGAUACACAUUAUACAUGUUUUUAUAUUUAUCAUAUAUAGCGCUAAUGUGGUCGCGUCUAUUUGGAAAUUUUAUAGGUAGAAAGAGAAUAUUCUUAUUUAUCACUUCAUUAAGAAUAAACAAUUAGUAAGACUCAGUCAGCAAGGCAAUUAUAUAAUAAAUAGCCAUAGCCUUUUAUGAAACUGAAUAUUUGAAUCGGCUUUGUAGUUCAUAAAAUAAUUUACCUCGCAAUCAUUCGUAAUCAUUUUAUCAUAUAUAACUGAUAUGUUGCGGGUGCAUAAAAAUGUAAAUAACGUUUUCAGAUGU